AUGCUAUUUGAUUUGUUUAGCUUGUUUGGAGAACGUCCAUCGUGGGCAUUGCAUCCAAGAAGAUUUGAAGAGUCAAGUACAAACAACUUUGGAGGAAAAGUGAUUGCUCCUCAAUCGAUGCUUGUUGAUCUGGUGUCGUUCCAAAUCCAGCCGCCAUUUACAUUUGAAAUUUCUCAUUCGAACGGCAUUUACAAGACGCAUUGCGGGGUAAUUGAGUUUACAGGCACAGAAGGAGAAGUGCUUGUACCUUCAUGGAUGUAUCAGCAAUUAUCGAUGGAAGAUUCGGGUCAGGUUGUUCUGAGACACAAAGUUUUUCCUGUUGGAAGGUUUGCAAAGCUGCUUCCGCACUCUACAGAUUUCUUGGAGGUGGAGAAUCCAAAGAUUGAGCUAGAGUCAUGCCUAAGACAUUACCAAGUGCUGUCUGAAGGAGAUGAAAUUCUCUGUUUGUUUGAUGAGAUUGGGCCCAUUAGAUUCACUGUUGCAUGCAUAAAGCCAACAAGCAGUGGAAUAUACAUUGUUGAUACAGACCUUGCAGUAGACUUCCUGGAGCCAAUUGGAUUUAAAGACAAGAUCGAGCGAGAAAAGUCAGUCAAGAAAUACAUCGAGAUCAUGGGUACAGAUCAUAAGGUAAAGCCAAUCAGAAUGACAAGACUUGGACUAUACUUGCAUAAACCAGUGCAGGAUGGUAAUUAA